CAACAUGUUCUGACUGUGCUUCACAAGACGAGGUCGCUGCUGCCUCGCAUAUUGCCUCCUAGCUCGAAUGGAAUACGUCAGACAUUGUCGCUGGACCUCUGGAGCGCAUUGCUAGAGAAGGCCCACCGAGACUUAUGCUUACUACUGAUGCGUCCCAUAGUGUAUGGUUGUGAUGAUCUAUCCGGAGCACAAGAGCUUGUCACUGCGUUGCUCGACCAUCCCUUCUCGAAUGACGCCCAGAGAGCAGCCAUUCAAAACCGGUGGAAAGAUACUCGUGCAGGCAUCGAAAGCGUAUCGGUACAAUACGGUGCGCCGUCGUUGUCUGAGCCUGGGAGCCUCCGAGUCCAGUCUGCCUGGCUUCAGCAAUUCGGGGUACCGUUGGAAGUCUUGGAAUUGCGAGCUCCCGCAACAGAAGGCAAAGCAGUAAAAACCCUCCUGUCGGCAGACGUGCCUAUCAUCGUCUGCAAUUCUGCCACCACACCACUACCAUCCCUUCUCACCCGGCUCGCCCCAGUUCUUGCUCAUCCGAACGCUGUGCUAGUCCUCACCUCGAGCUCUGGAUCCGAGGCGUUGAUCAACCGCAUCCGUUCCUUAUGCGAGCACGACCUUACUAUCCUCUUCAUUGACCCUUCGCGUGCGCUCAAGGCGUUACGCAUACUCAGCUCGGCACCUUCCUCCUCUACUGCUGUGGAGAAGUACCAGGAAAAUUUUACUGCUUCUAACCUCUCAAAACUCACCGAGGCGGUCUCGCAUGCGAUUGUAGAUGCUGCACGCGGCACAUCUUCCUUUGCCGUCGUUCAGAAUCUGCAUGCCCAGACAGCACACUCCAUUGUGCAAAACUCGCUUUCAGCAUGUCAAAGUGUCCUCCAGACGGCACGACAUGAAGUAGAUGAAUUGUGUACACAGGUCAGUGCGUUAAGGGCACGCGCGGAAGAGGUCCGCGUCAAGGCGGCGAGGGAGGUCUUUGGGCCCGCUGAUGGCAGCAAGAGCGAUGCCAUACAGACGUCAUUGGACAAGUCGCGAAGGGACAUCAAACCUACUAUGGACUCAUUGACGUGGUGGAAACUCUUGUUGAGACCAGAUGAUGUUGGCGACACCGUCCUUACUAUCGUAGACCAAGUUUGGUGCAAGGAUCUAGAGCACAGGGUGAGC